CAUAUUAUUCACUUAAUCACAAACUUACACAUAAAACUAUGGCUGAUGAAGCACAGGACCAGGCUGAACGUGAGCGCAUUUUCAAGCGCUUCGACUUGAAUGGAGAUGGAAAAAUAUCUGCCGCAGAGCUCGGUGAAUGCUUAAAGACCAUAGGCACUGUCACCGCAGAGGAUAUUCAGCGUAUGAUGACGGAGAUUGAUACUGAUGGUGAUGGCUUCAUAUCAUAUGAAGAGUUCACACAGUUUGCCAAAGCCAACAGUGGCUUAAUGAAGGAUGUUUCCAAAUCCAAUUAAUUUUAUUGUUUAUCUUACUUUGAUUUGCAAAAUAAUCUAAGAGAACCCUCAAUGUAGAAAUAAAAGUUGUUAAUAAGGUGGGUUUGCUCAAAACCCUUCAAAACAAAUUUGAGCAGCGUUUGUUUUAA